AUGUCUGCAUAUAUCGUGAUUGUCUUACAUUGGUCCUCAACCAGUAAAUCUAGCGACUCUUGCAAUGGUGGCCAACUUUUUAUCUACAGUGGUGUUGAAACAGGAUCUGACGAAGUUUUAACAAUUGUGACACUAGAAUGGUCAUCGUCUAAAGCUGAGAGAUUAAAAUGUGUUGGUCGUAUGGACCUCACGCUUACUGGCUCCUUCGCUGACAUGAUUGUGCUGCCAAAUGGGGGCUCAAGUGCCAGGGAUAAUCAGCACAAAGCUGCUCUUACUGUAUAG